UCACCGUCUUCAAUCCAGGGAUUGCGUAGUCGAAACGCAGCGUUUUAACUUUCCCAAACACAGAGAGAGAGAGAGAGAGGGAGAGAGGGAGAGAGGGCGAGCCAGGAAGAAGGAGAAGAAGAAAGGGGGCUUGAGGUCGAGCUCUGAUGGCGGGAAAACCCCAACCGGUUCGCGUCCUGUACUGCGCGGUCUGCAGUUUACCGGCCGAGUACUGUGAAUUCGGACCCGAUUUCGAGAAAUGCAAGCCCUGGUUGGUCCAAAACGCCCCGGAGCUUUACCCCGAUCUCGUCAGAGAUGCUACUGCGAAGGAAGCUGAUAGAGUAGCCGAUCAGUUGAACGCCACCGGUAUCUCUUUCGGAAGUGGCGACGGAGCUACCGCUUCUUCAGCGCCUAAAGAAGAGGUCAAGCGUCUGCCGGGUGGGAAGGUCAAGAAAAAGGAGAAGCUGGAGGUUAUUAUUGAAAAGGUUACACGCAAUAAGCGAAAAUGUAUCACAACUGUCAAAGGACUGGAGCUUUUUGGUGUCAAACUUAGUGAUGCUUCAAAGAAGUUAGGGAAGAAAUUUGCUACAGGAGCUUCUGUUGUUAAGGGGCCAACCGAGAAGGACCAAAUUGAUGUUCAAGGGGAUAUAUUUUAUGACAUUGUGGAGUUCAUUACCGACACCUGGCCUGAUGUCCCAGAGUCUGCAAUUUUCUUUAUUGAAGAUGGCAGAAAGGUUCCAGCUGUUUAAAUGGUAUUCAUGGCACACAAAUAAGUUGGAGCAUGGUAUCUUCUUCCUGUUGGUGUGAGUUUUAACCAGUUUCAGUGUGCUCUCAAAGUAAAGAGCUGCCUGACAUUCCAACACUCCGGCCAGUGAGAUUUUUGCCCCUCUCAAGAGUGUUGUAUCUUGGUUGCAAGAACAGUAUAUUUUUUGAGUUUUUCAGGAUCUAUAAUUUGUGUUGCAUGGGGGCAAUUUUGCGUGUCAGUUACUCUGUUUGUGUGUCACUUCACCUAGCAGUGACUUCAAUAUCACAGUUUAUCCUUGUGUUGCAGACUGCGUCUGCCUGUAAUCUUUUACUUUCCAUGAGUCUAGCAAAUGGAGAACCAUUAACAUAUGCAAAUUUUUGUGUUACAAAAUGAUUUCAUUUCAUA